UCCACAUCUUUACAUUUGGUCAGUGGCACGGAACCGAAUUUGGUGGUCGCAACACAUCCAUACAGCACACUUUUGCAACCGGAAAUAGAAACGACCCGGUACUGACAUUACGAUUUCGUGACUUUUUGUAGCCUUUGAAAUUCGCUCAGUGGUAACUGCCGUUUGAGUGCAUAGAUCUCAGUACAACAACCCAAAGAAUGGGUUUAAUGUUUUCGAAAAACGGCGGGUUACAAUUCACUAUACUACCGUCGAAUGACGUCAGCGGGCCGCUGGGAUUAGGGGAUCCUGCAUCAGAAGAGUUGAACAGUGUGGAGCUGGAGACGAUUAUCCCAGCGCUGAUGAAUGACCGGCUACGUGUCCAGGAGUGCCUCGAGCCUUGGGACAAGUGGACUGUGUGCAGUCAGAAAUAUCGGCGGGUUGCAAGCAUAUUUUGCCAUCGUGUUUUCUUCGAAGCCCUGAAGUGUAACAAAGACCAUAUUGCUGAUCCGGAAUUUUUCGAAGAAAUGAAGCGGCUCUACUUAGAAAUGCGAUCUGACUACAGGCGUACUGGAGUGGAGAAACGCGUUGUACGUACCGACACUUGACGAACACCGAUUGGAGCUGCCAAAACAGUUAUUGAAUCAGUCGCUGAUCUCCUGCACAUUCUAGAUAGAUACACGUAACGAGACCUGGUAACUGAAGAUGGUUUUGCGUGAUUUUUAUGACUACGGACGCUGCUCAUGUGAAUACAAGCUACCUUUAUCCGA